AUGGGCCUGGCCACUGAAGCCACCAACAACAACAAUACAAUAGCCACAAGUCCAAGUGCAACCAAAACUAGUCACACUCCAACGACCAGCACAUCAUCCACAACAACUUCAUCUACAAUCAUAAAUUCAAGCUCAGGCAGCUUUCGUGGUCCAAGUCCCAGGUCUGGCAACAACAGUCCAGGCAGUCCAAGGCAUGCUCCAGUCAGUCCAAGACACACUCCAAUCAACAACUCCAACUCAAGCAGUGGCAGCAUCACCAGCAGCAACAGCAGCUCAUCAAGCAGUCUCGGGAAUAGUGGCGGCAGGAGCUUCCGUGGCCCAAGUCCAAGCUCAAGCUCAAGUAGCAUUAGUAGUCUGAGCAGCAGUAUAGACAAUCAACAGGAUGUGCUGUUGGUACAUGUCUGUGGCUAUGAGAAGGAACAGCUGAUACAGAGUCUAAACGCCACAAAUACAUGUGUGACGAUCAUCAACACACGCUACAGGGUCAUCUUUACUGAUGUACCGCCAAACAAUGAGGACCCGAACAGUCGACUGCCACGCACAUUCUGCCGACUACAAUGUUUCAACACCAAGACCAAACAUGGCAUGGACAUCUACAAGACUGCAGUCACUCAAUACAACACAAUGCUAGAUCAUUUCGCAGUAGAUAACAAUUAUUACAAGACUACUCAUGUACCAAUACCAUCAAUAUUUGUUGGAGUCAAUAUUGGAAAUGGAUCAUCACAUAUUAAUGAUAUGAGGACGAUACAGACAAGGUCAUUGUUAGUGGAGUGGCCAAAGAAUUCUAAAGAGCUGAUCUAUCAUGUGGUCGGCUAUGUUAACAGCACCAAGAUACACAUGGUACUCAGACAUGCCUGUUCCACAGAUGAUGUCGAUGCCAUGGAUGAAGUAAUCUCCACAAAAGCAUUCACACUCGAACAACUAUCAAAUUUAUAUAACGCUGGAAAUGGAAUGCUGUUGGACUCGCUGCUCGAUCAGACGAAUAGUAAUCAGUUGUCAGUGAGUGGAACGAUGGCAUUGUUGGGCGUGCUGACAAUUGACAAGAAGGGUAAUCUAUCACAAACCUUGAGGCUGUCAAAGGCAAGUUUGAGACGAUUCCCAUUGUCCCUUACAAUGAUGGGCCUGCACGUCACGUUGCUGGACUUCAGCGACAACAAGAUCAGAGAACUACCACCCGAGAUCAUGAACCUAAAGUACCUGGACACAUUGUUGUUGCGCAACAACUUAUUGGACACAGUACCAUUGGAGAUAGCUUACCUUGUUGGGCUACGCACUAUCAAUCUGCAGGGCAACCCCAUGCGCGAGUUCCCCAUGGAGAUCAUAGAGGAGGGAGCCGAGCGAAUUAAAGAGUUCUGCCUCAACAUCAUUGAGCGACGCAACGUCGAGACGUGGAACAAGGUGCGUCUCAUGUUUGUGGGCCAGGAGGGCGUCGGCAAGACCAGUCUACUCCAAGCCUUGACACGAGUCAAGAAGAACAAGAGCGAGCUACAGGUGAGCGGCGACACGAUCUCAACAGAGGGUGUCAAGAUCCAGACGGUCAAGAACAAGUCGAGCUCGAUUGAGUUCUCAGCCUGGGACUUUGGAGGCCAGCAGGUCUUCUACCCGACGCACCAGUUCUUCUUGACGAGUCGUGCGCUCUACAUGCUCGUGUUCAAUGUGAGCGACCCAGACUGGGCCGAGCGCGUGGACUACUGGGUGCGCCAGAUCAAAUACAUCUGCGAGGGUGACCGUCCACUCAUAUUCUUCAUUGGCACGCAUAUUGACAAGUGCACCACUCCACAACUUGAGAUGGCCAAGCAAGUCAUCAACAAAACAUUCGCCACCAACUCGAGAGUCGCGUCUCCAGUCCACUUUGUCUGCUGCAACACUGGCGUGGGCAUCAAGGAUUUGAAUAAGAGGCUGGCUGUUGAGGCCAAGAAAUGUGGCCUAAUCGUAAAGAACAUACCUGGCACAUACUUGCUGCUUGAGCGACGUCUGUCUAAGCGAGGAACGGCGGGACGUCCCAAUACCCUAUUGCCAGACAUUGCGAGAAUGAGUAUGCGUACCUCUGGCAAUAACAUGGGUGAGCCGAGCACAUCGACCACACCCUCGCCCCAACAGCUGGAUCGCUACAUCAACAUCUUUGACUAUCACAAUGAGGCCAAGUUGGCCUUGGUUGCACCUGAGGACUUGGGUGCGGCGACAGACUUCCUGACCAAUCUUGGCAUCAUCCUACAUUACAACACGCCAUCACUGCGCGACCUUGUUGUGCUGGACCCACAAUGGCUCGCGGACGUCAUGAGCAGUCUGGUGACCUUCUCACAUCAAUGGAUCAAGGAAGGAGUGCUGCGCCACAACGACUUGCCUGCAGUCUGGAGUGCCUAUGACCCCGCGCUAAGACCCACUCUGCUCAAGAUCCUCGAGAGGUUCGAGGUGUCAUACCAGCUGGACGUCGACCGCUCGCUUGUGCCAUCUCUGCUCCCCGAGGAGCCCAAGGGCAAGGUCGAGGCGGUGCUCAACCGCGAGUGGAUGCCCAUGGCCGAGCUAGUGGAGGCACGUCUUCCUGUGAGAUUCUACGGCUGCGACUUCAAUUUUGAGUUCAUGCCUCUGGGCUUCUUUGGCCGUCUAUUGUUGCGAGUACUACACAUCAGUGGCGUCCACGCCAAGACCUACUGGCGCAAUGGAAUGCUGCUGGACAUUGACAACAGUUACCAGAAGCAGCAGGCACUGAUCACAUUCAGCAAGAGACGUAAAUUCAACACGGAGGACGCGUACAAGUUGUCGAUCGAGAUACGCAUGUACAGUGGCGGAAGCACUGACCUGGAACAGAGCUAUACUGCCGUGGCCUUCCUGCGCCAGAUCGUGUUCACGGUCGAGUCACUGCUGGAGAACUUCUACAAGUCAAUCAAGACCAAACGAGUCAUUCCAUGUAGCCACUGCAUCCACUGUCGUCCUCGUGAAGAGCCACACUACUAUGAGCUGAGUAGCUGUGUGGCCGCAAUCCAAGACAACAACAACACCAACAAGUUUGUCUACUGUCGCAACGACCCGAACGAGCCCGUGGCGCUGGAGAAGGUCGCGCCGGACCUUGUCAUCAGCAAGGUGCCGACAAUGACCAUGGCUGACGUUGAAUGCGACUCGUCCCCCAUUGGUAAGGGAGGCUUUGGCCUCGUGUACAAAGGCAAGCUACUGCGAACGGGCGAACAGAUCGCGGUCAAGUCUUCGAUUGUGUCGCCAGACCAGAGCAACGAGGAGACCGUACAGAAGUUCCGCGAAUUCCAACGCGAGGUCUUCAUCAUGUCCAGUCUGAGCCAUCCCAAUAUCGUACGCCUUCACGGCUAUAUGUUCAACCCUCCACGCAUCGUAAUGGAGUUCGUUCCAAAGGGCGACCUGUACCACUACCUCAAGGACAACAAGGCGGCGGGCAUGACCAUCCCAUGGACGCUACAAACUCGCAUGAUGCUUGACCUGGCGAAUGGACUUCACUACAUGCAGUCGUUGACGCCACCCGUCAUCCAUCGUGACCUUCGCUCGCCCAACAUCUUCCUGAGCUCACUUGAUGAGGACGCGCCAGUUGUGGUCAAGAUCGCCGACUUUGGCCUCAGCCAGCAGUCGAUUCACUCAGUGGCGGGAAUCCUAUUGUCGUACCAAUGGAUGGCGCCAGAGGCCAUCAGCUCGCAGACUGAGGGCUACACUGAGAAGGCCGACACUUACUCAUUUGCGAUGAUCCUCUAUGAGAUCCUGUCUGGACUCGCGCCAUUCGAUGAGUAUGCCGAAACAAUGAAGAAAUUCCAAGUGAUCGACGCCAUUCGCACCAAGCACCUGCGUCCCACGCUGCCGUCCACCGUGCCCGCCAAGCUGCGCAAUGUCAUCGAGCUGUGUUGGAGUGGCGAGCCGUCCAGUCGACCGGAAUUCCCAUACAUCAUCAAAGAGCUCGAAGAGCUACGUGCUGGUAUCGAGACAGUGAACGCGCCUCCGGCUCCCGUCAGUGUGGACCUCAACAAACGAAGCUGGCGAGCCACACACAAACCCAUCCUUCAUCCAUGGUCAAUGCGCCAAGAACAAUUCUGUUCCUGGCAUCGAAACAACAACCCAUCUGUCAAUGUCAACUCAUCGCCCGACACGACCAAGAUGAUGUUCAUGUAA